AUGGAUGACAGAGACAGGGAGGACCUCGCCGUCUAUAGCGGAACUGCCUUGCGGCAAAACCAAGCAAGAUGGGGCGCAAGCGACGACCUCCUCGUCCAUGGCAUUCGACACGUCGAAGCCUUCGCCACGUCCUCGGAGGUCGCACGCGUCUGCUCGGGUGUCGACCUGUACACCAGGGCCCGAAACGCCCGUCUCAUCAUGAGUAACGCUAUCCCAGACAUGGCCUCUGCGGCGGAGAAGCCAUACUGCAUCUGGUAUCCCGACGUCGCCACCGAGAACACCUAUCGCGAGCUUGUCCGCCGGUACCCGGACAUGCGCUACCAAGCCGGCCGAGCCUGUGCCAACCCGCAACCGGGGGCUUGCCUCAACGGGGACGCCGCCGUGCGAUCUUCCCUGCAACGCCAUGCAAGCCCUGAAGAGGUCGAGGCUGCCUCCAAGGAAUACGAGCCCUUGAUACGCCUCUGGCCCGCCCACUACUUCGAUAUCCAAGAAGACUCCAAUGCCGGCCCUUACAAGUGGCCCCGGCCCGGGUGCGCUGUCUUGAAGGACGGGGACAUCAACCUACUGCAUAAGCCCCUCCCCAGGGACUUGCCUCCCCUCAACAAAGACAUCUUGAUCCUUAUGGCCGCCUGGGAUGGCAACAUCGACCGAUACGCUCGCCUGCGCCGCCCGGUCACCAUCCCGAACGAGGUCUCGGCCGUUGUGCGGGGAGCGUACCACCACACGCCGUUCGCGCGCUGGCUUGAAGCGUGUGUUGACGAGAUUUUCUCCUGUGACUACGACAACACCCUUGUCUGGCAAGCCGUCCACGCGAGGUUCAUCAUGGACGACGACCUCUCUCGUAUUGACAGCGAGGUCAGGGGCGAGAGGCUUCCCGAGUUCUUCUGGUGGCCCCACUGUCCGCACGAGGAUACACUGCGCGAGCUGGCGUGGCGCCGGCCCGACUUGGAACACCAGACCACGCUUGCCUGCAUCGCUGGAAAUCACCGUCGUCUGUUCCUCGAACUUUCCGAGGGCACAAAGCCAACACAGCAGCAAUGGGAGGCCGCAAUCUCGUCUCCGAACGAGUUCUACCGGAAACACCUACAGCAGCGCGCCAAGGAAGAGGGGUUCAAGCUGCAGCAACGCAUCAGUUUUAACCUGCCGGGAGGCGAAGCGUGGCCCCCCGAGUCCCACUGGAGUAAGGACUACCUGCGACCCAACAAGGAGUUCUAUAGAGGCUACUAUGCCCUGGCCAUGCCGCCAGAGCUCGUCAACAUGCCCGACAACCACAGCGAAGACUGGGAAGAGGAGUGGAGCCCGCCUGAGGGAAACCUUCUGAACUAUCACAUGCAUCUGCAGUUAGGCGCUUGGCAGAGACUAAUUAGUGCUACUGAUAGGACGAGGCAAGAAGCGAAGGCUAAGGGGGACGAGGACCGGAAACGCAGAACGGGACCGCCUCCCCAGCCAAAGUAUCCAAAAACGUCAACUAGUAAAGUAGAUUAA